AUGGCCAGCACCGGCAGCCCCCUGGUAAGCUCCGCGCGGGAGCCGGCGGGGAAGAGGGGAGGAGAGGAGCGGCCGCUUGGCCUGCGCUGCCUUCCGGGAGGCCGCGGCGCGAGCGGGACCUCUGGCGGAGGGAAGGUGGGGUUCGGCGCUCCCCGACCCCGGAUCUCCUCUUGGCCAGGGGCUCUGCAGGCGCCUCGGGGUCAGCCUGGGAUCCUCGCCGGAGAGGGGCGGGGCCCAGGCUACAGCACGGAAGCGAAAGCUGCGGAGGAGCCGGCCGGGCCCUGACCCCCCCCCCCGGUGUUUGGCCUCCCGUCGUCUUACCUGGAUAAGCAGGCAGGCCUCGGCUAGAGCCUGCCUUGUUUUGCGUAGCGGCGCGGGAUCCCCGUGAAGUGAGUGCCCCACUUAGGCGGGGAGGGGCGCGCCCAUUUGCCCUCGGAAUUCCACCUCCUUUCCCCGCCGGCAACGGAGAGGGCAGCUCGUCUUCCGGUGUGCAUUGGGUGUUGGCGCCUCCGACUGUCGCGGGCGAUACGGAGGUUGCGAUUUCGGCUACAUUCCGGGCUUAGCAUUAGCGAUAGAGCAGUGUGUCGCCUUAGCCCACCGUUUUGGGGGCCCUGCUAGUCCUGAGGGAUUGAAAAGCUGAAUCUUCCAGUGGUCAAAGAAACUUCUUAUAUAUUAGUUAAGGAGCAAUUCUGUAAGGCAGACGUCAUGCAAAGGAUGCCCAGUUGAUUUACAGCUGAGGUGAGAUCUAAUACGCUCAGUCCUUAGGAGGUGCUGCUGUAGAGCAAAUUCUUUAUUUUUUCAAUAUAUGUGUAGCAUUUGAUGCUUGUUGUCAGAGGCUUUCAUUUUCAGCCUGUUCUACUUCAAAUUUGUUUCACAUCCUGAUUUAAAGUUCUUGAGUAAUUGCUGUUGUUCCCAGUAGUUUCAUUGACACAGUUGGCCACUGUCAUGCUGUUCAUGUGUCAUUUAGUAAAAAGUGCCCAUUGUUCUGUGGCACCAACUCCAACCUAUUCCCGCUUACUUACAAAUACAUAUCAGCUGGUGAAAACUGGCACAGGACAGGCAGCUACCCAGUCCUCACAUUAUGUCACAUGUGCUUGAGGAAGUGUAGAUGUUGUUUCCAUAUGACCUCUUGUUAUCAGCAGAAUUAAAAAUGCAAAUGCCAGCCAUGAGUACAUAUGCCAUAGGAGGCAUAGAAGACUCCACAUUGUAUUGAAUCAAAUAAUGACUCAUCCAACCAAUAAUUCCCGGAGCUGGGCAACAGUAGUUGAAUGGAACAGAGCCUGGCAUUUUUAUACAUGCAAACCACAAGUUCUAGAACACUUAUGGCCUUUUCUGCAGAAUUGUGUGACUUUAUGCCACCAUCAGAGUUCAAACAGGUGUGUAGCAAGGUGUCACAGGUGUGCCUGUGCCCUUUGCACUUUCAUCAACUUACUUGACUUUUCUUAGUACUGUAGAAUGACUUAAAUGUGAAAAUGAUUCCAGAUUUCUUGUGCAGUUUGUGUGUGCAUCUGCCUAGCAUCAUGUAUUGUGUGCAAACAGUGUACACUUGCUUAUUCUGUGUUCCCCAGAGAUAGGCAGAUGUAACACCAUCCUAGAUCAAACUUCUUGAGCCUGAUAUCCUCCACAUAUUUUUAUUACAAUUCCCAUUAGCAGCACCCAGCAUGGCUGUGCUGAAAUCAUAGUCCAAGGCAUCAGAAGGGCACCAGGUUGAGGAAGGCUGUCUUAGCUUCUUGGAUUAUGGCAUCCCACAUGGUGGGUCUUCUGAGUCCAGGGAUGGCUCUGCCUUGAAAUUUGUAGGCCCUGUUCAUAAACUGUUAAGUUCCAUACUGAAGAAGAAGCUCCAUUGUAUAUUGCUAGGGCAUGAAUUAUAUAUGUCUUUGCAAGUAAUUAUCAGGGGGCAGUUUGCCUGCUCUUUGCUGUGAGCAUAAAAUACUGCACUUGCCAAAAUGUUAUCAUUCUGCUACAAACAAACUUGCAUUUCACUGGUGAUCCUAGACUUCUCAAGGCUGGAUGUAUGCAGUGGCAGCUGCUGCUGAACUGUAUACCAUCUAUCUGGCUACAGAACUCAUUACCUGGGCAAGUCGACCACACGCUGUGACUCCUGAGAGAGCAGGAGGUUCUUUAUUUAUUAUGUUUAUUUUUAAUUAUCUGCUAUGUAUAUUUUCUCUUGGAACACAAUUGUUCUAAAUAUAAAGCAUAAUAAAAUAGUCAUCCCAUUAAAAUCACAUUAAACCUCUUAAAACUAAACAAAACAGUUAAAACAGAAGUGAUUAAUAAAAGCAACUCUAGUUAAUUAAAAACAGUUAGCUUCAUGCCAUAUUGAUGCUUUUUUAUCUGUGGUUUAUUGCUGAUAUAUAGCCUUUGACACAAUGAAAAUAAUGGGCUGGACUCAAAAUUCAGGUGGGGGUUGAAACCAGCAUAAAAUUUCAGUUGCUAGGUAAGUGUAACAAAGGUGUGUGCAUUUUAAAAAUCAUGUUAGAAGUAAUAAGCUACAGAAGUAGAGGAACUGUUAUCUAGGCAAUAGUAUUUCUAUUCAGUGUGUGUCAGUAGGAUUUUUAUAACACUUUCAAACCUACGCAUACCUGGCCUGGGUACUUUUCUUUGGCAUUGGCAAGAGCAAGUGGGACAUAGUAAGGCAGCCAUUAAAGCCAUGGCCCAUUACAAGUUAGCUCAUUUAUUCAGUCUGGAACACUAUUUUUACUCUGAAACUGGAUUCAUACCUAGAUGGCAGACCUUGAUAAGCUGUUCAGAGGAAAUUGAAAUGGCGAUGUCAAAUGGAUAGGAAUGUUUCAGCCAGUCUGAUGUGGAAACUUGGGUUUUCUGAGGAGUCUUGACAUCUUAUAAACCUCUCUCACCUGAAGAAAUAGCAACACUGAAGGAAGGAAAGAAUUAAUCAUUCAUUUAAUUUCCUUAAAGUUAAGAGUCUAAAGGAAAGUCUGAAAGUUGAACUUGUUGAUAAUGAAAAGCUUCCUGAUAUAAAUGGGGAAGCUGCUUGACUUUGGAUAUUUGAAUACCUCUCAGUGUAAACAAUACUGAAUUAGAUGGACCAAUUAGCCUGACUUGGUAUCAGUAGUUUCCUGUGUUUCGAUGAAAAAACAGGCACCAAGCAAUCAGUGAAGCACAAUUCCAUACAUUCACCAUAGCAGUCCUCAAUAUGCUAAGCUUCCAGUCAAAAACAUUUACUGUUUCUCAUAAUUAUUGUUAGAAUGUAGUUUGGAGGCUACUAUUCUACUGUAAGAUGACAGAAUGACCAGAGGUCCUAGGAGCACAUUGUAAUAAAAUAGUGGAGGAAUUGUAAGUUAGUAGGUAGUGUACCUGCUUUGCAUGCAGAAGGUCCUAUCUUGAGUCUCUGGUGUCUUUGGUUAUGUAAGGAUAUUUUAAAGCCAUGAAUCACAGAAUUAUUAUUUCAUUUGAGUAAGCUGCUCUUUUCACUGGUUUGCGUGUCAAAUAUUAAAACGCCAAAUCGUUUCAGACUGUUUCAGUUUCUCUCUAGCUAAUUGGAUGUGUGUGUUAGACUUACCAAGUUCUUCAGGCAGCUUCCGAACUUUGUAGGUUGGAUUCCUUUAGCCUUCAGAUCUCUGAAGACCUGCUGUGAUCUGAAAGACUUUGGCUUUUAUAGAUUCAAGUAUAGGCUGGGACCUUAGGGUGAAGGGUGUGUAAUUAAUAAUAGUAAUUAUUUGUGAAGCAGUAAGGUGGCAACUCUUACUCUUGAAAUUCAGGUCAUGAGGUGGCCAUUUUUGUGUGUUUUGUACAUGCUUGAUCUAUGGAAUCACAGCAAUGUAGCAUAGUUGCCAUGAUCGCCAGUAGGUGCCUGUAGCCCCCCCCCUUUUUUUGUGGGGAGCAGCACUCCUGAACUUAUUGGCAUAUUUCCAACUAGUAUACGGGGAUGUGUGGCUAAUAGAUUGCAAGCUGCAGCAUCAUGUACAUUCUUUCUCUUUCCUUCAGUACGAUGCUGUUCCAAUCCAGUCCAGCGUGGUUUUAUGUUCCUGCCCAUCACCAUCAAUGGUGAGGAACCAGGCAGAUCCCAGCCCUUCACCUGUUGCUGCUCCCUGUGGCAGCAGGCAGGGACUGAGCAUGGAGGGCACAACGGCUGAGCCAAGGGGGAGUGAAAAAUCCUUGCAGCAACCUCCACAGCCUCGAAAGAAACGCCCAGAGGACUUUAACUUUGUCAAGAUUCUGGGCGAAGGGUCUUUCUCAACAGUGAGUAUCUACUGCAACUGUGGGUUCUGGGAGUGUCAUGGCAGAAGCCAGCCGUUUGGCCUUUGUGUAUCAUUCAGACAGUUCUCUCCCCCUCCCCCCAGCAUUCUCUAAGGAAAGCACUUUGCCCACCAGCUUGCCCAGAGGAAGGUUCUACUUGGCUCUGCAGGAGGUCAGAGAAAUAAUGUUCACAGCUGUUGGCUGUUAUGGUACUUUUUGUCCUCUUGUGGCCCCUGCAGUCUCACACCAGACUUUUAGUGAGAUGAGGUUACCACCUCUGUCUGUCCUCAUUGAACCCCUGCUGUUGUGCACAUGUUCCAUUGGCAGGUUUUGACUCUCCACCCCUGUGAUGUGUCAUUGCUUGCUAUAGCUACCCCCCCAAAAAAAAUCAAAAACAAAAAACCUCUUGGGUACCUUAGGAUUUCUGGAUUUUAUGACUUCUUACAAAAUGAUGGUUUACCCCUUCCCUUCUGGACAUAUAGGACCAGAUUCACCUAACCAAGCACACUAGCAAAGGCCAGUGCAGUGACUCCCACUCCCCCACCCCCCCGAAAAAAAUCUGCCCUAGGAAGUUGGGAGAACCCCCCAGAACAGUUCCUACAUGUUGUCUUUAGGGAGUGCUGGGAAUGUGUAUGAGACUGGCUGAUGUAACUGGUGUGGAUAGAGCAAUGGUCCCUUGGGGCCCUGGGCUCCAAUGGGCGGAAUUCCCCUUUUCCACUCACCCCCUCAGUAGGUUGGAGACCUUUUGUGGGAUCUUAGUUGCGUGCAAAACAUAAGGCAGUUCUUAUUUCCCAUUUAACAGGUCUUCUUGGCCAGAGAAUUGUCUACCUCCAGAGAAUAUGCCAGUGAGUAACCCUUUCUUCAUUAGGGUGUGGAUUUUAGAUGGAUGAUGUCCUGUCCUCAUAAUGGAGCCAAAGGAAGUCUAGGUUACGCCUGCUGCUGCUUUUGUGGGAAGCUGCUCUCUAAGUGUAGCUUCAUAGUCAAGCAGAGCAGAUGAGUUUGCAGCUUCACUGUGUAUUUCCCAAGUGUGUUGUAACUUAUUUGUCUUUUUAAAAGUUAAAAUUCUGGAGAAGCGCCACAUCAUAAAAGAGGGCAAGGUGCCGUGCGUGAAUAGGGAGAAAGAUAUCAUGUCUUGCCUGGAUCACCCUUUCUUUGUCAAUCUCUACUUCACCUUUCAGGAUGAUGAGAAGCUCUGUAUCCUUCUGGUUGGAAAUGUUUCAUGGUGAUAUUUGUUGGGAUAAUGUGUGUGGAAAAAAGAACCAUGUUUCUUCAUUUGCUAACCCAAUGAUGUUUUCCAAAUUCAUAGGCAGGAUACAAAUGUGAAAAAUCUUAACUCUUGUAAACCUGGCAGAGGACGAAUCUUGGGCCCCCCAUGGGUAUGACAGUGCAUUAAGGCACCCCACUCAGCCUCCCUCUCCCACUUUCUAUUUUUUAAUUGAUAUUUUUUGUUUGAUGAGAUUGCCUAGUUUUUGUGGUAGGAGGAGGUUUGUUGUUGCUUUUACUGUGUUUUAUUUGUCUCUAGGUGUCUGUGCUUUGCCUUUUAGGUGUAUGGGGCUGUUUCUGAAUACCACCAGUUUUUCUUCUGUUGAAUGUGUAUGUUGUGGUGUCCACAAGUUUCUUUUAUCUCUAAAUGUGCCCCUUGUCCCAAAAUGAUUGGAGACUAAGUUAACCGCUGCACCAUAUUGGCCCGAAUAUAAGCUGCACACUUAAAAUUCAAGGUUUAUUUACAGGUGCUGGUGCCGGCUGCCCCCCGUUCAGGGCGGUAGUGCCAGGAGGCAGGCAUGGAGCGCGCUCAGAGCCCAUCACCAGCACCGGCUUGGGUAGCUGGGUGCCUGCCUCCGAGCUGGUUGGCGGUACGCGUGCUCCCUAGCUGCGUGGGGGGGGAGGUGUGCGCAGGCUAACCAGCUAGGGAACAUGCGCAGGCUAACCAGCUAGGGAGUGUGUGCACCGCCAACCAGCUGGGAGGCUGCGCAUGCUCCCUAGCUGCUUGGCGGGGGGGGGGGCAGUGGCGUACCCACCUCCCUGCUGGUUGGUGGUGCGUACGCUCCACCCCCACCGCCAACCAGCUGGGAGGUGGGCAUGCCGCUCCCCCCCCAUCAAGCAGCUAGGGAGCGCACACUGCCAACUAGCUGGGAGGUGCGCCACUCCCGCCCCCCGCCAAACAUGCGCUCCCCAGCUGCUUUCAGCAGCGUAUGGUAAAAAAAUCACCAAUAUAAGCCGUACUUUUAACUUUUCAGGGUCCGAAAUUGGGAAAAAAGUGGGGCUUAUAUUCGGGCCAAUACGGUAAAUCUUUGGCUGUGUGCAGAGUCCAGCCUUCUCUUUCCAAGCACAUCGCCACCUAUCCCUUCUAACAUUGCCUCAGAUUAUCUGCCUUUGUGUUUUAGGGUCCAGAGAUUCACAGUAUAAAUUAUCCUUAACUUAGUAUUCAGAUUUUGGUCUUAGCUACGCCAAAAAUGGAGAGCUUCUAAAAUACAUCCGGAAGAUUGGCUCAUUUGAUGAGACAUGUACUAGGUUUUAUACUGCUGAAAUUGUGUCUGCAUUAGAGUACUUGCACGGAAAGGGAAUCAUUCACAGGUAAUGUAAUGAAUUCAAAUCCAUCUAUUCUUGGUUCUUGUUGCUGUUGUCAUAGUUACCGUUUGUUGCCCUCCUGAUAGAUUUCUCCUGGUGGCUCAAAACUCAAAAGUUCCCAUAGCAAGCAAGCAAGCAGUGUCUUAGGUACCUUUGUUGAGACUUCCUGGCUUUCCUGCAUUCCUCACCUGUGGCGACACCAGCCUAGUUAAUUUGGCACAAGGCAUUGGCUGCCUUGGAGUACAAAGUAUCCAGCAAUGGAUGGGGAUUUUGAACAGUUGAAAUCUUUCUUUCCCUCCCUCUGUCGCCUUUUGCCUUGGUUAUUUUUUUUUUUUUUUGUAGAGGAGAGGGACGUCCCAUUCUGCCAGGUCACUAGCAGAGUAAAUGUAGCGCCUCUUCCGUACUGUUUGCCUGCCUGCAGUAGAAGGCAGAAGAGAAGAACUCAGCAUGAUCUAACAUUCAGAUUUGCUCCAUGUCCCCCUGCCGCCUAGUCCCCUCCUAAUCAUUUGGGAAGCAGCUCCCAAUACCAGGCAGAGGAGCAGGUAGGAAUCUACUUCAAACCUACCAGAACAGGCAGAGACAGUAAGGGCCAAUGGACAGGCUUAAUUUCCUAGAUAGCUGCUGUUACUUUAGAAGCCUGGGGGAGAAUCAGCUUUCCAUGGUUAGGGAUUUCCUCAGGGGACACAAAUAGUUGGUGAGGGCAUGACUCUGUGCAUGCAUGGCUCAUUCCCAGCUGUGCCUUUUGCAGGGACCUGAAGCCAGAGAACAUUUUGCUCAGCGGAGACAUGCACAUUCAGAUUACGGACUUUGGGACAGCAAAAGUAUUGUCUGCAGACAGCAAGCGAGGUGGGUGCAAUUUCUCAACCUGUCAACGACUAAAGCAACUUUCUGCAGUUUCAAAUUCCUUAAAACUGACCACAGUAUCCGAUACUACGUCUCAGUGGGGUUUAUGACAGUUCUUUACUGAGUAUAGGCUAUACCGCAGGAGAUGACAUCAGAGAGGAAACCUGCGGGGUUACUAAAAUGGGGCAGCUGAAAUCAGGUGAUAGUGGGGUGCCCAUGGGGUGAAAUAUUGCUUGGUAAUGCUUAGUGUUGAGGGGGCGGGGAGCGUUUGAAAAACAAUAGUCAUUAUGUAAUAUUGGAUGCCUACAAAUAUAGUUAAAUAAAAGCUGAUGAAAUUUGAAUUGCACAACAAAAAUGAAAGCAUUGUUUCCAAAUGAACACAUCCAAGCCUUCAUGAGGACCUUGUAAGGACAUUUUUAAUUAUUAAAUGCUUACUUGCAUCUUGGUUUCUUCAGCACGGGCGAACUCCUUUGUUGGGACAGCACAGUAUGUGUCUCCAGAGCUGUUAACAGAGAAGUCUGCCUGCAAAAGGUGAGUUACAUACGUUGCCUUUGUAGAGGGGUUGUAUGACUGAGAGAGAGAUCUUCAAGGCAAAUGGGUGAGGCCUAUUUCCAUUAGGGUGUACCCCAUUCUUGUGCCUCAGUGCCUCGUGCAUAAUCAACACUGAAACAUUUUAAACAGCAUGACAAUGGCUCUUAGGAUUGCUUUUGUCUAUUUUUCUGCAACACGAAUAGUUCAUUAGCCCUUGGAUUUAACAUAACAUACCAGCAAAACAUGAGACAAGACGUUCUAAGCAUUGUCAUCAUGUUUUCUUGCUGCAAUCUCUUGCCGCUUUACUUGGUUUGUACAUUAAACAAGACAGAGAAUUAGAAAGCUCUUUGUGGCCAUUUAAUUUAUUUUUAUUUUUUUAAGCACCUAUUCAGCUUGGGAUCAUCUUCGAAGGGCUGUAUUGGGACCUAGGCCUGGGCGAUAUAUCAAUAUAUUGCCCAGGACUGGUCCUUCCUCCAGCAGGCACUGCUAACAGAGGGACUCGGGAGCAGUGGCAGUUUCACCGGCGAUAUACCACUGAGUGAAGCCGACAUCGCGGUCUGCUCCUCAUACCAGUCCCGGGCAAUAUAUCAGUAUAUCACCCAGCCCUCAUACAACGGAGAGGGAGAAACAAGCUCUAUUGGCGAGGCACCAAUACAGCUGUUUCCUCCCUAUGCGUCUUUAAACUGCUUGGCUGAGGAGUGUGUAGCUACCCUUUCCUCAGUUGAGCAGUUAAAGGAGCCCCCAGGACAAGUUGCAUUGUCCUAACCCACGAGUCUGGGUGAAACUGCCUCAGCACUCGAGGUGAGAGCUGGGGCAGUUUCACCCAGUGUUUUGCGGGGAGAGGACAAUGCAUCUUGUUUUUUCAGCAUUGCAGUAUGUCACCAAACUGCUAUGUUUGGCUUGCGAUACACUGCAUUUUUGAAAAGCUGAUAUCGCUCAGCCCUAUUGGGACCUUGCUGAAGUCUCUCUUCUGCUGUUUCAAUCCUUCCUGUGGGAGCCUAACCCAAGAUGAGGAAAUACGUAGAUCUGGUUCAGGAAGUGUACAGUGGCAGCUUCUGCAUCAGAUCCUUGGGAAACGCCCAGGGAUAAACACCUUUUCUUCAAGGUGCCUUUACCAGGCAUUCCAAGUAAAUUAGAGUCUGAUACUCCAGGGGAAUUUGCAGCUCUGCCUGAAAGGGAAUCUGUUGUAUGCUUUUGUUGUGGGUGCCUGAACUAGGAGAUGGUGACAUUGGAUAUGCCCACAGUGCUAACUCUUCUGCUUUGCCUUCUCAUCUUUUUGCCUGUCUUCAUGAUGCAGUUCGGAUCUGUGGGCUCUUGGCUGCAUCGUAUACCAGCUUGUAGCAGGAUUACCACCAUUCAGAGCCGGGUAAGACUUUGGAGCACACCAGUGCCAGACUUCCCACCAAGUUAGUGUUUGCCCGUGUACCCAUAGGAUAGUAUAGUUUCAACCUUGAAGUUGACUUAUAGGAAAUGUUUGCAUAGAUGUAACUAUACUUUUCCCCAUCCUUUUUGCAGAAAUGAAUAUCUCAUAUUCCAGAAGAUAAUCAAAUUGGAGUAUGAAUUCCCAGAGAAGUUCUUUCCGAAAGCAAAAGAUCUCGUAGAAAAGCUUUUGGUAAAUGAAUUGUAUUGUCAAAAGUUUCCAAUGCAUGCUAGAAGCCUCCAGUCAGAUAACUUGCACAAAAUGUGGUACUCAUUGCUGCUGUUCUACCCCAGCCGGUGUUUUGGCCCUCUAGGCUUCAGAGUCCCACCCCACCAACUGUUACCCCUUUGACUUGUUCCCUGUCCCUCCUGCUUUUCCACAAAGCAUCUUCAGGGCCUUGUUUCUUAGUCCCCACCGCCUUCCCAUGGGGUUUUCUGCCCUUUCGCUUCCCAGCCUCACCCCGACCCACAGAUAUACUCCUCUAUACCUUGUGUUGAGGUAUUAAUUUCCAGCUAAGGCUCCCCUACUUUCCCUCUCUUCAUGGAACUAGACUGUUAGCUUUGUUCCCAAACUAGCUGGAACUUUUCAGUCAGUUGGUGUUCAAGGUUUUAUCACCACAAGAACCAUAUGAUACAGAUGUCAGCCUCAAGGCCUGCAACCAGCAUUCCUUUCCUUCCUGCCUGUCUCCUUCCAUCUCUUUUCUCUUUUAAUUGGCCACUUGCCUCCCACUUGCUCCAGGAAGUGGAGCAAAACAAGUUGACUUCAUGACCAGUUUCUUGAGAUGCUCUCUGUCCUGUUGCUUUAUGCCAGUUAAACCUAUACAAGCCUUUGUUUCACGGGUUAUUGCAAAAGCCCCUUGUGAAUCACCAUGAAGGGGUGCCUGGAGAAGAAAUCUCAAUUGUCCUCCUCCUUCCUGGAGUCUCGCUUCUACUAGGUACAUCAAAGGUCCCAUAUUAACAGAUUGUCCGCAGAGGUGGACUGCCUGAGUCACCAAGAUCUGAAAUGACAGGGAGUGGAGCCAGAGACGCCCCCUGAGUCUUUCCAGGGAAAAUGUAACUGUGUCUUCACUUAACCAGGUCCAAGAUGCUACCAAGAGGUUAGGCUGUGAAGAAAUGGGCGGAUAUGAGCCCUUGAAGGCCCACCCCUUUUUCGACUCCAUCACCUGGGAGAAUCUGCAUCUUCAGACACCACCCAAGCUCACUGCAUAUUUGCCCGCAAUGUCAGAAGAUGAUGAGGAUUGCUAUGGAAAUGUAAGUGCAGGCUUUGAUACUGAUGCCAGGGGAGAUCAAAGGUUCCUGAAAGGCAGUUUGCCCUUGUGAGUGCCUCACAUCCUUCUCCAUCCAUCUCAGUAGUCGCAGUAGGAGUGCCCAUCUUGAUCUACCAUGCUCCAUAGAGGUCUUUUCAAUACCCUUGCAUCCUUCAAGGGAGAAAUAGGCCUGUAGUUCUUGCUCUGGUCUAAUCCUUGGCUCCUUUGCCACCCUCACUUUCACUUGUAAAGUUCACAUGACCAGAGGGUGAGAGCAGAUACUGAGCUGAAAGCAGAGCUCCUUCCCAGCUUGCUCCCUCUCUCGCAGAAUUUCUGCAUGCAAGUGGAGGGUUAAAGAGUGAUACAUGCAUGUACUGUGAGGAGAUAAUAAAACAAAGCAAGUAAAAGGAAAUGUUCUAGUUUCCAGCUGGUUAAAAAUAUGGGAUCGCUGGUGAAAUUUGUGAAAGAGAUAGAGGCUUUAAAAUUUGGAGACGGGGAUUUUUCUGAUACAUAGAUUUAAUCAAUCAAGGCAGGACUAUUGAUCAUUCAGAAAUCAGGAGAAAUUUGAAUCCAACACCCCCCUUGACUUGAGUGUCUUAACGUAAGAUGGGUAAUAAAACAAAUUAUGUAGAUAGUGAAUCAAGAAAUGAGGCUGCAAUCCAAGUCCCCUCAUCUGCCAUAUUGUAGCAUGGGUAGCAUGGAAGGAUAGGGCAGAGAUAUCCUUCUGCUGUUCAGAGUGGCUUCAGCAGCACUCCUCCAGCACCACUGAAUUUCUCAUGCUGCCUGCCAAAUGGGGUAUUCUGGAGAGGGAGGACUGAACUGGCUCCACUGCUGUCAGCAGUCUCAGGGUGGAUUGUAGGGUGGAGCAAGGGUUUGCUUGUCCCCACAUGUGUCCUAGUUGACAUGUGCAAUGCUGCCCAUCACACUCUACUGUGCCUUACCCAGCUUGGGUAAGGAUUGCUCUGAGGAAAUUAGCUGAUUUGGAGAAAUUAGGUAAAACAGCCCUUUAUUACGAUGCAGAGUGAUAUCCAGUGUCUCAGUGUCAUACUCAAUAGUAGACCCAUUGAAAUCAUUCUACUGGAGCCUCUUGAUUUAAAUUGGCCUCUUAUGACUUGCAAAUCACCCAUAAAAUUUAGUUAAAUAGCUGCAGAAUAUAGGUAAAAUCAUUCCGGUGAAAAUCUUGGGAAGCCUACUGAUUUUCUUAAGGAUAACUGGAAAGGAAAAUAGAAAAAUUCCAGUACAAACAUAUGCUGGAAGUGUCAACAGGAGAAGGGAGGUGGUUAUUAUUAAUGCUAUUAUUAAAAAGUGGAAGCAGAUCAAGCAUUUUACAGUCUAUAGAUUAUGAAACCUCUCUAGGUCCUGUCCUUACUAAAGUGUGUUGAAGCCUCAUGAGACAGAGCAUAAGGAAUUAGUCCCAUUUGUGAAUUGAAGCAAGAAUGUUUUUAAGCAAAGAAAUGGAGAAUAUCACUAACAGCAGAAGUGGCCAGAAAAUGAGUGGGAUUUUGCCUUGAUAGCAAAAGUGAUGUACUGAGUAAAAUAAAAGAUGGCCACACAGUUACCAUAUUUUUCCGUGUAUAAGACGCCCCCAUGUAUAAGACGAUUUUAAAGCCUAAAUUAAUAAAUAAAUAAUUGCAACAUUCUGUGUAUAAGACCCCCCCCCAAAAAAAAGUUAACUUAUUUUUUGGGGGGGGAAAUAUAGUCGUAUAUUGGAAGCUGGCUGUUUUCUUACAGAUGAAAUGUGUUGCUUUCCUAAAGUAUGGGCUUACAGUGUUUAUACAGUGUAAAUACAUGUACUAGUAGCAUUUAAAGAGAGCAUGCAGAAUAAUAAAUAAAUAAUAUAACAUUGGUUAUAUCCAAUGAAUAUACAUUCAUUGGCACAUCAAAUUUAGGCCCAUUAAUGUUACUGGAUUCACUCUUGAAGACAACUUGGAUAUUAUGUUGGCAGAAAUAUUGGUCAGAAGAAAAGGGUAAGAUGCCACAUACUUUCCCCCCAUUUAUUCUGAAAACUAUCUUUCUUGUUUUGAUAGUAUGACAAUCUCCUGAGUCAGUUUGGCUGCCUGCAAGUGUCUGGCUCUGCCUCUUCUCAGUCCUUGUCUUCCCCGGAGACGUCCACCCCACAAACCUCAGGCAGCAGCAACAACAUAGAGCAAUACAUUCACAACCUCGACAGCAAUUCCUUUGAGCUGGACCUCCAGUUCUCUGAAAAGGAGAAAAGGUUACUCUUGGCAAAGCAGGCUGGUGGAAAUCCCUGGUAAGCACUGCGGGGUGUGGGUUUUUUUCCCCAUAGAGUGGCUUAUGCAAAUGUGUGUGCGCGCAUGUGCUUGCACUUGCUUUCUCUCCCCCUCCCUCCCCCUCUCUUGAGUGACGUCUUACUCCACAAAUAAAGUUCAGCUUCAUCACUCUUGCACCUCACUAACAAUGGAGGGUGGCAGAAUCUUGGGCUUUAGAAAAGAGGGGAAAAGGACCAUUUGAAUUGGCCAGAGCUUAGAAAUGCAGCCAAUUUCUGCCAUGGGAUCUGACCCAGAGCUGACAGUCCCAUAAAAGUGCUGCUAGAGACCUUUUUCCUCUGCAUGCUGAGCACAAUGCCCUUAGCAGGGAGCGCCCAUCUGCCUGCUGGCUACUUUUCCUCCUCUCACUGACACUCUGUCUCUAAAAGCCUGUAAGUGGAUGGCUUGGCAAUGAAUGAUGGAUUGAUGGAAAUAACACAAGGUGAUGUUUUCUUCUCAGGCACCAGUUUGUAGAAAAUAAUCUAAUACUGAAAAUGGGUCCAGUUGACAAACGGAAGGUAAGUCACCUUAUCCUGUGCCUCGGAUUCAUUCUCUAAAUGAUUGUACUUGUGAGUCUAAAGUACUUGGGGAUAUGAAAUAAAAAAACCUGCAGAGUAGUGGAGGAGAAAGAAACAUAUGCUAAGAGAAACCAAAAGCAGAUUAUCUAAAUGUAGUAGUUUGUGGUGGGGAGUGUAACCCUGUUUGUUCUCCUUGACCUGCACAUUUCAUAAUUUUAUUUGUAUGCUCUUCCAUGUGUACCAGGUGGUUGGUAAUUAGGUAACUAAAAAAAAAAUGAAAACCAGUGGGGAGGGAGAGAGGCCUUCUAGUGUUUUGCAGAGCCUGCCAUAUAUUUGACUAUCUCCCCACUGGGCAGAAGUUGUGGGUGUAUCUAGAGUACAGUGAGCUCCAGGAACAAGUUGGUUCCCAGACCUGGAAACGGCAAAAGAGGCAGAGAGAGUGUUGGAUGGGGUCUUCAGGGAGGUCCCACUCCCAUGAUGACAGUUCCCCUGCUGUCAUAGGGAAUGAGAGCGUUGCCUAGAAGAGAGUUUGAGCUUUGAAGACCUUUCAUCAUUUGUCCAAAAUUUGGUUUGGAGACUGUUGCAGGAAAGGCAAAAAAUAUAAUAGGUACUUCCCCUUGCUCGUCCUGUGAGCUGGUUGUGCUGCAUGUGGUAAAGGUGGAGAGGCAGAGGAAACUAGCUUCUCAGAAGAUGUUGUGAUGAUCCCUUUGUGCUCUAUAACAAGAGCGUUGAGUCCUAAGCAGUAUCCUGUGAUGGUGCUAGAAUCCUGCCUUUCUUGACCCUUUCGUUGAAGCUGCUGGCCUGCAGCGCUGGCUUAGCUCUAAGUGUUGUGUCCUCCUCUGCAGGGGCUCUUUGCUCGCAGGCGUCAGCUGCUGCUCACUGAAGGGCCACACUUGUACUAUGUGGACCCUGUCAACAAAAUUCUGAAAGGAGAAAUCCCUUGGUCGCUGGAACUCCGGCCGGAAGCCAAGAACUUCAAGACCUUCUUUGUUCACACAGUAAGUGACCCCUUCCUGCUGACAAGUUCUGACUUCACCGGUCCUGUUCUGUGGGCUCUUGCAGGUGUGGUAUUAGCAGGGCCCAUUCAGCUGCCAGUGCUUCCUGGGAGGUGCUGGAGGUGUUGAGGAAGGUCUGGAGGUGUUAAUUGGCUGUGGGAUCCUUCCCCUUUUUGAAAAAUGGAUCUAGAACUUCCUGAAGUAGCAGCUCCCCAGUGACACAGCUCCACACACUGAUGACUCUUGUUCUUUCUCAGGCCAGAGUUGGCUCACACAGCCACCCCUGCCUUUUAAUAGCUCCUGCCCGUUGUCUGGUUUUUACAGUGGGAGACUUCUGAUGUACAAAGUGCUGUGUGCAGCCUUCAUCCCCAGGGGAGGGAGGGGAGGCCCAAGCCCAUGCAUUGCCUGCUGGCCUUGGUCAGCUUAGUUAGGUUCUUGCUGCAGGAAUGAGUAGGCACUAAACCUUUGUUUACUUGUAGCCUAACAGGACAUACUACCUGAUGGACCCAAGUGGGAACGCUCAUAAAUGGUGCAAAAAGAUACACGAGGUUUGGCGACACAUAUACCACCAGAACACUGCGAAAUGA